UAAUUUAAAAAUCGUAGUUGCCGGUAAUGCAACAUUACUGCAUAUAUAUAAUUGAAAGUGAAAGAAGUGAAAGUUUCUACUACUAUUUGUUAUUUAUUUAUCUUUAUUUUUUAAUUAAAAAAUAUACUUUUAACUUUUCUUUCCUCAAAGUAUGGAAUAAUGAUGUUUAGAAGAAUUUUAACAUUACGCACAUCAAAUGGUUUACCUUUUUUAACACCAGAAAACUUUCACAUAGGUAUUUCAUCAACAUCUAAGGUUAUAUCUCGAACAUUAUCAGAGCAAGAAGACAUAGACGUUGUAGAAAAAUGGGAUUUAUUAAGUGCUGUUUGCUUAGAACGUCAUCCAGUAAUUACAAAACCCAUGCUAGAUAUAGAAGUAAGAUACCAAAUCAUGCUACAACAGAAAGAAUAUGAAAACAGUAUGAUAUCAGACUUUGAAAUACGAAAACAAAAGGACAAAAAUCAGAGAACACAGACAUCUGCUGGAAAAACAGAUAAUAUUAUUUCUAAGGAAACAAUACAAGACAUUGAAGAUUCUUGGGAAGAAGAAUUCAAAAACUUUAAAUUUGCUUCAAGAAUAAGUGAAGUUGAAGAAGAUAAUGCAGUUGUAUCACUGAAACGCAAGCUAGAUAAAAAUUUAAUGUUAUUAGUAGAACAAAAAGUUGGCAAUUCUAAUUUCUGGAUUCCCCCACAAAGUAUAAGAAGACAUAGAGAAACUAUGAUACAAACUGCAUAUAGAACUGUACAAGAAUUGUGUGGAAAUAACAUCAAAGUACAAUUUUAUGGCAAUGCGCCAAUUGGAUUUUAUCAAUAUAAGUAUCCUAGAAAUAUACAAGAGAAAGGCCAAAAUGGAGCAAAAAUUUUCUACUUUUUAGCAAAAUAUAUAAGUGGAGAUAUUUCUUCCAAUGUAAAGCAUUGUUGGUUAGAUAGAGAAGAACUUAAAAAAACUUUACACCCUGAUGUUCACAAAAGUAUGGCUAAAUUCUUAUUACCUGAUUAAAUUACUGUACAAUAUAAAGUAGACAAUUUUUAAAUACAUAUAUAGAACAAGGAGUGUUAACUA